GUGCACACUGAGCGCGCUCCCGCUGAUUGAGCGAAUGUCGCGCGACUCGUUCAUGUCAUCCACUAUAACGCGCUUUUCACCGUAGCUCAUUUCUUUCAAACACACACUUUUGCUUUCUUGACGGUGGAAAACUAACGAAAACAGCCGCUCUCCGGUGUUCAUUUGGAUUUAUUGACCGAUCGCGACACUCUGGAAUUAUGAGCUUCAGCGGCCCGCGGGAUAGAGAGCGGGGGCAGCGCGGCUCAGGUUGAGCCUUCCCGGGUGUGAGACUGAACUCGAGGCCGCUGCUCUGCGGCCUACAGCGGGCGAUUUCAUGUUCAACAAGAAAACACAGCACAGCUCUCUGUCUCCAUCAGGACCAGCGAUGAGUGACGACAGGCUGACAGUGAUUGACAGAUGAUGCUGGAGUUACCUGCGCAGGUGAGCGAGGCUCUCAGCAUCACGGCAGGAAAAUGAAGCUCCAUUCGGACCCCAGCGACAGCGGACAUGCGUGUCAAUCCAGGCCGCGUGCCAUUCAGGACAUGAACCUGAACCACCGCUUGACCUUGACCUCCUGCACUCCGAAUUCUGGGUGUCUGGACGCUACAGAGCCACUGUGUAACGGUUUAUCCAACCAAUCAGAGCGCGAAAACUCGGAAACACACUGUGAUGAAAGCGAAGCAGAGGAGGAUCUGGCACCUGAAGUCCAGCAGGCACACAGAAUAUUCCAGAGCUUUCUUUCAGAGAAGCAUAAGUCCACCACGGCGCCGUUCUGGCGCCCCAUCGGCCCCGACGCUCACAUGAGCUUCAGAACGAUGGAUGAUAAAUUCGUGAAGCGUGAGUAUGAGUCCAUCACGGCGUUUGUGGCUGAUUUCAGACUGAUGCUGGAGAACUGCUACCGCUUCCACGGGGUCAACCACUGGAUCUCCAAACAGGCUCAGAAGCUGGAGAUUAUUCUGGAGCAAAAGCUGACGCUGCUGCCCAGGCCGCUGCGGGAGAGAACUGCUCUGUGGGUGACCUCCAGGGGGCGCUUUGGCUCUGAGCAGCAGAAAACUGCAGUGUGUUCGAGCUCCAGACGGCGGCGCUGCAGAGUCAGUGUGUGCAGCAGCGAAUCCAUCAUGGUGCAGGCGCUCAGACUGGAGGAGCUGCAGAGAACGCGAGAACACAGGAGGCAGCGUGAGCAGGAGCGCAAGGAGGCUGAGGAGGCAUCGGUGAAGGAUCUUGAAGACUGGGAGACGUCUUUACUUUCUCUUGCAGAACCACAUCCCGUCUCCAGCAUGUGGGAACUUCCUGCCAUCGGCCACUUCCUGUGCCUGGCCCAGAGAGCUCUGAACCUGCCGGAGAUUGUGUUUUACGAGCUGGAGCGCUGUCUGCUGAUGCCGCGCUGCAGUGUGUUUCUGGCCAGACUGAUGACGUCUCUGCUGUGCCCACCUCUGAGGAGGUCCAGUGUCCACCGCCGCCCGCCAAUGCCUUACCGCCGCUGGGAGAGCGAGCUGCGCCGCCGCGUGCAGGCCUGGUACUGCGCCGUGGGCCGAGACGAUGAGCGCGCUGCUGAACAACUGGGGCUCUGCCGCACGUUCUUCUGGACUCUGGGAUCGGUGAAUCCGCUGGAGGAGACACCGUUCCACCUGUUAUCCUUCAAGAAGCGUGUCUGGCUCCUCAAGGGUUUGUGUGAUCAUGUGUACGAGACGCAAAAGGAUGUUCAGGACGCUGUACUCGGCCAGCCCAUACACGAGUGCCGAGAGUCCAUCCUUGGCUAUGACGAGCAGGAGAACGCUUAUAUCCACUUCCCACACUUUUGUGGAGCCGACCUGAGGAUCUACCGCCAGAGUCCCUGCGGAGCUGUGGAGCUGCCCUUACCGGAUAUCAGCGUCAGGAGGACGGCGCAGGAACACAGCGAUGGAUUAAAGAUGGAGAAUGAAAGCUCAUGGGACAUUAAAGAAGAUUCUUUCAGUGAUGGAGAAGAUCUGGAUCAGAAAACCUCCUCCAUCUUGGUCUCGUGGUGUCCAGAAGAUUCCCAGUGCUCUAGUGAGAGGUUUAAGGAGGAAAAGGAAGAGGAUGAAGAUGAGUGUGAGCCGUGUUUCAGAGUGGGGGAAAACUGCUAUAAAGGCAUCUCUCCAGCUCUGAACAGCCACAGGACUCCUGAUAAAGACUGGGAUUGUUCUGGAGCAUUGCAGGAGUUUCCGCAUCACUUUCAGCCUGAAAACACACGUCUGCGAAAGCACGAGUCCACAGAAAACACACUGAAGAAGAAGAAGAGGAGGAAGAGGACAGAGGGCAGGAUGAAGAAAAGCAGGACGAGUAAACUGAGUUUGAAGAGGCGGACGGCCAGAAUGAGUGUCCAGAGAGCAGCGCAUUCACUCAGGAGGAGACGCAGACAUGUUCCACCAGCAGCAGUAAAACAGACUGAAAUGAAGGCGACGGCAGAGAGAGAAGCAGGACCUGCUCUUCUGACCACAGAACCAACAUUUCAGUUGGUUUGCUCCAGCCUGGAUGAUCUGAGAGUCCUGAUCAGUAAAACUGAAGAUCAGCUGGAUAAUCUGGACGGCAAAAAGAGAUCUUGCCGCUGGCCUCAUAAUAGAGCCGCAGUGAAGGAUCUGCACAUCACACUAAUUCGGCUGCUAAACGAGCUGCUGCCAUGGGAACCCAAACUCCUCAAGGCCUUCCACAGGAACAGAGCGCGCUUGAAAAAGGAAUGUGACGAUUUCAAAAAACACCCAGAAUAUGAAAACUUCAUCAGAGAGCAGACGGACGCAGUGCAUUCUGGGGAAGUUACGGGUAAAGAUGCAUCUGUGUCCACUGAGGCAACAAGGGAACUGGAAGAUGAAGACAGAAUCAGCAGAAAUAUGAAGGAAUAUUCUGAGGAAGCAGAGAAUGUAAACCAGCUUGGAAAUCACGUGUCAAGAUGCCUAGUUGACACACCCGAACUUCUAAUGCAUUCAUCAGAGUCUGGACCCUUCACUCGCGGUUCAAAGCGCCGCCAAAGUGCUGCAAUCACUGAUGAAACGAGCCCAAGCAAGAAAGGCAAAAUCGAAACGGAGAGCUCUCUGUCAUCAGAAUACAAUGUAGAAGUUGUAUCUCGAGAACAAGCAACAGAUUCAUUGUUGCCUGAGCCUGUGAGUAGCUUUCAACGGACUUGCAAACCCAUCCAGGCAUUGCUGGCCAAGAGCGUUGGAAACAAAGUGACCUUAAUAAGUCAUCCUAAGGCUGCGGUGAUGGCUCAGAUUUCACGCGACCAUAGGACAGCGUCUGUAGCUGUGCCACCUGUAGUAUUAACUACCUGUCUACCUACACCACAUGCUAAAGAAACACUUGCACCAACUACAACCGAAAGCACUGGACAGGUGGUGUACAAGGCGGCAAGUGGUGUAGGCCUUCUCAGUAAAGCAAGUACGUUUUCUGUGCAGCAAAUAUCAGAUCAAAAAACAGGAGAGAAGUUGAUGCAAAAAGUUGUUAUCCUGCCUUCAAAUCUACUGAUUCAAAGCACUGAGAAAAAGGCAGUGCAAACGUCUACUUCUGUCUCAAAGAACACACCUUACUUAUCCAAUGCUUCAGGCUUCACCAUACCGGAAAACAAGAUACCUGUCCAACAGGUGGCACCACUGAAAGAUACCAGCACUGUUAGAACACCAUCUGCUGUAGUUACACCCAGUUUAAGAACUGUCAGUGUGCCUAAAAAGACUACUGAACCAAAGGUUGUAGGCAGUAGUGGACUGACCAAACCUGACGCUAAAGAAGAGCUCAGGACAGUGUGCAUUAGAGACUCACAAUCCAUUCUUGUCACAACAAGAGGAGGCAACACAGGUGUGGUCAAAGUACAGACAUCAGGUAGUGGAACAGGGGUUUUACCUCCCAGUCCAGUUUUUACCAUCUCACCGCAACUUCAAGCCUUUCUGGUUUCAAAGUCUUCCACAUUACAAGCUGUCUCGGCCACCCCUGCUGCUAAAUCUGUAUCUGGAGUCACUCCUCAAUCCCUCUCGAAAGAUGGCGCUCAUCCCAGCUCGUCUACUUUUGUGACAGGAACAGACACUUCUUUGACUCUUAAUAACACUUCUACUAAAAGAUCAGUCAAUAUAUCUUCAAGCUUGGCCACUGGCAGAAUCAGCGAUAGUGUCAUUAUACCAACAAAAAAUGCUCAAGGAGUCCAGAAUGUGGUCUCCAAAUGUGGAAUGAAGACCCCACAGAAGAGCACUCUACCAGAAAGCAGAACUCCUGCCCAAACUACCUUCCAAAAGGUUUUUCUUGUCAAUCCUUCACCUUCAGGAGCAUCAAUUUCUAGCAACAACAACAUGUAUACAACAACAACAACCUGUACCAAACCAGCACCACAGGUUAUGUUUAUAAGCAACGCAGCACUUACCAUUCCAAAAGGUGUGGCAACUUCAGAGGUCAAUAUUUCCUCUGUUAGUACACCAGCGAUGAAGAUCAUUCCCAAGUUGGGAACAACUUUAUCUAGCACUUCUUCUGAUACAAACGUUGUGAACGUCGGUGUCCCAGGGUUAACAUCAAGAAUACUUGAUCCAAAUAGAACACCUGAAGCCUCUACGAAAAGUACACCUGUGGUUGUCUCCAGGGUAUCUUCGGCAUCCGCCUCAAGUGGGUUGCAGAUUGUCUCAAAAAGCAGUUUAGUUGCAGGCACAUCAGGGAAUACAGAAAGAUCUCUGAAGGAACCUGAGACUGCUGAAAGCAAAAUGCUCACGUUUUCAACUUUAGGCACUGGCCACAUGGCUUCCUCUGCACUUUUGUCAGUUGUAAAACAAGAUGUAGCUUCAUCAGUUUCAACGUUAAAUGCUUUUCACAGUAAACCCGUGUUGACGUCUGGCAGCUCUACUUCCUCAAAUUCAGGAAGUCUAAUUACCAAACACACUAAAGUACCGAUUGAUGUGACCACUAAGCCAGUGAUUGCAUCCCUUUGCACUUCACACUCACCGGUUAAAACAAUAGCCAAUUCUUGUGCUUCUGGUGUAUCUCAUCCAUUUGCAAUAAGCCCGAACUCUCCUUCAACUCUUCCAAUAGUCAUGACCUCUGGGAUUCGACCUCCAACCACAACUAACAAAAGUGUUCAUGAAAGAGUUGUAAUAAAUACCACUGCUCCACUUGCUCCCGGAACUCAGCUCCUAAUAAACAACACCAGAUUUGUUGUCCCAUCUCAAGGCCUUGGACCUGGCACCCAUGUCUUGCUCAUCAGCUCAGGAUCUGGAGGACUGCAGGCCUCAAGUACGGUUCAUCCCAAAGGAUUGCAAAUUACAAGUCCUGUUCGUUCCGCGGGACUGCAAGUCCAGAGUCUUGCUCAUCCUGAGGGAUUGCAGGUCCUAAGUUCUGCUCAUCCCAGAGGACUGCAAGUCCCAAGUACUGUUCGUCCUAAAGGAUUGCAAGUGACAAGUAUGGCUCCUUCUGUAGGAUUGCAAGCCCCAAGUUCUGCUCAUCCUGCAGUAUUACAAGUCACAAGUCCUGCUCAUCCCAAAGGAUUGCAAGUUCCAAGUCCUGUUCAUCCUGCAGGAUUGCAAGUCUCAAGUCCUGCUCCUCCUGCAGGAUUGCAUGUCCCAAGUCCUGUGGGAUUGCAAGUCUCGGCAGGUUUGCACGUCCCAAGUCCUGCUCCUCCUCCAGUAUUUCAAGUCACAAGUCCUGCUUGUCCCAAAGGCUUGCAAGUUCCAAGUCCUGUUCAUUCUGCAGGAUUGCAACCCCCAAGUCCUACUCAUUCUGUGGGAUUGCAGGUCCCAAGUCCUGUUUGUCCUGCAGGAUUGCAGGUCUCAAGUCCUGUUCAUCUUGCGGGUUUGCAAGUCUCAAGUUCUGUUCAUCCGGGGGGAUUGCGGGCCCCUGGAGAAUUGCAUUUCCCAAGUUCUGCAUCCACUGUUCUUAAAGGGCCAAAGAGUUUGGUCCCUUACACUGUUGCUUCAGUUGUACAAGGUGUAAGAUUGGUAACUCCAGUCAGGCUUCCCUCGCCAAUAACUGGGCCCUCCACUCGAGUCCAUCAGCAACUAAACACCAUAACUCCACCGAAGGUCGCUGGUCCUACUGCUCUCUCACAAGCGGCACUAGCUCUGCAUCCUGGAGCAUCAUCAGACAUUGUAAGACUUCCGAUCUUUCAAGCCUCCAAAGUCUCAGUUGCACCUUCACAAGGUGCGACUGGCAUUCCCAAAGACACUUUAUUUUCUCAAGGAGGCUUACUAAGCACAACGUCACCAAUGCACUUGCAAGGAAAGUUAUCACAAAACCAACUACCAUCGGUCAUACCCUCCACAAAAACCACCAUAGUGCGGAAUUCACCAAUGGUUAAUGUACCACCCAUGAAAAGCACAGUUUCACGAAUGCAGAAACUUCCAGUUGCAACUGUUCAACCAAUCGGUGGUCCAAUAAACACCAGUUCAGCCACUCCUAUUGCAACAGUUCCCCCAUCUAUGAACACAGUCAUAAUGACUCCUUGUCCGCCUAUUAGAGCUGUGCAACCUGGGACAGUGGGAAAGCCUGUUAUUUUACCCCAAUUGCAACAAGGUCAACACACAGUUCCCAUACAAGUUCCCACCUCUAGUAAACUAUUGUUGAGCCCCGAUGGUGCCGUUUUAAAUAUCAUUCAAGCAUCGAGUGUACAAGUAAUGGCAAAGCCAACAACUGGUCAAGUGGUUAGUUCCACCUCAAGUAGUGUAACCAAUUUUACGCACGAAUGAUCAACUGAGAAAACAGAACUUCUGAAAUCAUUCUGGAGGUCGUCUGUUGUCCUGUUGGGAUUAUAAAUAUUAAUUGUCAAGAAGAAGUUAGAUUGUGUGGGCUUCCUUUGGCUCCAUUUCUCCCAGUGUCGGAGGCUAAAUACUAAAAAUCUAAAAUAAUAUUUUGUGCAUUUUGCCCUCUACAAUACAAAUUGAAGGGAAAUUGGUUUAAACAAAGAGUAGUUUGGAGAUUCCAAGUGGCCAGUAGUGUACAUAACAGUGUUGUUUGGCUGACUCUUUUAUACAGUUUGUAUGGGAAGGUUUGAAUGUUUUGUAGCAUUUUUCAUUAAAUGGUUAAUAAUCUGUAGAGCCGUCUUCAGUCUGCAUAAGAUCUCAAGCCUGCGUUAGGACGUUCACGCAUAUAGGUUUAUUCUAUCAGACAUUAUCUGAUAAUGGUUUGGUUUUGUGUUUCCUCUAUAUUCAUGAAAUAAACUUGGCAUAUUUAUGACUGAAGUAAAGGACUUGUGUUCUUUGCCUGUCUUUGGGGUUUUAUUAACCCUUAUGUACUGUUGGGUUGUUUUCAUCCACUCUGGGCUGAUUUUGAGUAUUAAUUUGGCCAUUUUCUGUUUCAGCUAGCAGAAUGAUUUUUGGUGACAAAUCUCAUUUUGACACAUAUUUUGAGAAAAUAUGCGAAUUGAUAAAAUCUCAACAUUA